AUGGACGAUGCUUACGCUGAGAUAGGCUUUCCGAAUGAGGUUUCUGAUCCAUCAGUUGAUACCAUACUUGAAAUGCUGAGGGAUGAGUACCAGUUUGAGCAUAAUGUCUGGGAAGGAGGUGUGAAGGCUGGGGAUGUUGAUUGCAAAAAAAGGGACAUCUGUAUGUAUCUGACAAAGACGAAAGUCUCCCUGCAGAUGUGA